AUGGAAUUAGUAAAGAUUGAGAAUAAUUGGAAAAAACAUGAACAGCACAAGUUGAACUUCUACAAAUGCGAAUAUGAACCUAUUUGGGAGAAACCAGAACAAAUGAACUAUGAUUUAUGUAGUAGUCAUUUUGGUAAAGGUGCACAGAUAUGGGCAUUACAAAAAACAAUAACAAAUUCAACGAAAUGUAUUCAUAAGAUACAUAUGGAUUUAUGUAGUAGUCAUUUUGGUAAAGGUGCACAGAUAUGGGCAUUACAAAAAACAAUAACAAAUUCAACGAAAUGUAUUCAUAAGAUACAUAUGGUACCAUGUCAUAAUUGGUUACUAGAAGGUAGUGGUUCAAAAAUAUACGACAACGAACGUGCACCACCAGGAAGUUGCGGUGGUUUAUUUGGUGUACCAUUACCAUAUGAAUACAUUACACCCGAAACAGAUAUUCGAGCACCUCAAGUAACGAACGAAAUGCUUGCUAAGAUUUACAUGAAUAAAAGUAUUCUCUCAUCUGUUCUACAUGUAAAAUGUCCACGAUGUGCUUCAAUGAGUAGUUGGUAUGCGUAA